GUACUCAGCAAUCGACCUUCACACUCACCCAGGCCAUUCUCGUCGUCUCGUCCAACACCGACCUCUUACAUGACUGGAUAGCUUGGCUGCUAUUCACAAUGAGGUCCUUCUCCCUCGUAAGCUGCAUAGCAGCACUAUCAAGUCUCGGGUGCGCCGAACUGAACCUCUCGCAACCGCUGCUAUCCAAGCAAGUGCUCCCCACCACUUUCACGCCGCCCCAGGUGUUCAAGAAUACCAAUCUGGUCCGGACCACCAAUUUGGACAAGGCGUAUCCGCGCGAAACCAUCAAUGUCAUAAUCGAGAACAUUGAUACCAAGCCGCAGUCGGAAUACUAUCUGCCUUUUGACUCGAGCCUGCUGGCCAAGGUUGGAGGUCUGGAAGUGAGGGAUAAGAAGGCAGUCGACAAGGGCAUCUUCAAGGUCGAAGUUGUUGGCUUUGAUGCAGAAAGCUCUGUUGAAUACUACAAGAUUCAUCUCCCCGAAGCGCUUGCACCCAAGGCCCAACGGACCAUCAGCAUCUCCUACUCCAUCCUCUCGGCACUCCAGCCAGUUCCCGCGACAAUUGCACAGACGGACAAGCAGUACCUGCAGUACACCUUCAGCGCAUACACCCCCUCGGCCUACGUGACCGAGAAGCAGCGAACCAAGGUCAAGUUUCCCAACACCGAUAUCCCGGACUACACGACCCUUCCCGCCGAGCUCAAUGAAGAGCAAAAGGCCGACCCCCAGAAACAGGGUUCAACCUUCACAUACGGCCUCUACAAUAACGUGCCCGCCGGCGCCCAGCAGCCCGUGAGCGUGCGCUACGACUUUACCAAACCCGUUACUCAUGCCACACUUUUGGAGCGCGACAUUGAAGUCUCGCACUGGGGCGGCAACUUGGCCUCUGAAGAGCGGUACUGGCUCGUGAACCAGGGUGCAGGCCUCAAAAAUCACUUCUCGCGCGUCGAGUGGCAGAGACAAAGCUACCUGAACCCACCCACGUCUGCGCUCAAGGGCCUGGUCAUGCCACUUGCCCCCGGCGCAGUAGAUCCAUACUUUACCGACGACAUUGGCAAUGUUUCGACAUCCAAGUUCCGUCCUGGCAGCAAGGAAGCUCUGUUGGAACUGAAGCCCCGAUAUCCCAUCUUUGGAACCUGGAAGUACAGCUUCCGCGUGGGCUGGAACGCCGACUUGUCCUCUUACCUCCGCAAGCUCGCAACUGGCGAGACAUAUGUGCUCAAAGUACCCUUCCUCGAGGGCCCCCGCUCUGGAGAAGGCAUCUCAUACGCUCGCGUCAACCUACGCGUUAUCCUCCCCGAGGGCGCAAAGAAUGUCAAAUUCUCCACCACAGUCCCAAUCGUGAGCAAUGAGACGACGCUUCACAAGACCUUCAUGGACACUCUUGGCCGCACUACCUUGACCUUGACGGCCAUCAACUUGGUAGACGAGUUCAGAGACCGCGACUUGAUCGUGACGUACGAUUACCCCUGGACGGCGGGAUACAGGAAGCCGGUUGUGAUCACGCUAGGCAUGUUCGCCGUCUUCGCUGCUACGUGGGUUUUGGGAAGUAUCGACAUGAGCAUUGGGAAGAAGAAGGUUGCGUAG